AUGAAUCUAAUUGGGUAUAUAAUUCUUAGUUUAUAUAUUACAUUAACAGUUACAUUACCAACUUGUAAUUUAUCUCUUUGGAUUAAUUCAAAAGAUUUUACAUGUUCGGGAUCACCAAAUUCUACAUAUACUGCUUUGACUUAUAAUGGUAAUUGCACUAUGUUUCCUAAUGAUCCAGAUUGGACAACAUAUAAAUUAUUAGUCGAUGUUGAAACGAAAACAGUUCAGAAUUUUAUGGCUUAUAAUUUUAAAAAUUGUUAUCAAGGAAAUGAAUUAUUUUUUACUAAAACACCUGUGGCAUUAGAUGUUUGUGCUCCAUUAUCUAUUGUAAUUGAUCCAGGUAGUAAUAUGACAAUGGGUAGUUUAAUGUUUAAUUGUAAAGAUUAA